AUGAGUCCAAACAGCUUCGCAGUUUACAUCACCUGCCUGCUUUGGCUUGACCUUACUCACGCUAAAAUUGGAUACUUUUGGCACAUCACAGAUCUUCAUUAUGAUCCAUUUCACAACUCCCCAGAGCUACAUAGAGGUUGCAAACACAAUCGUGGUACAAACGAGCAUAGCCACCGCAAUGGGCGGCAUCGAGACCACACCUGUGACAGUUCCUGGCCGCUUAUACAAAGCGCCGCCGCUUUCAUGGCUGAGAGACACCCGGAUACACUGGAAUUUGUACUGUGGACUGGGGACAUAUUAUCCUCGUCAAUGGAACACUUAAGUGAAGAUAUCAAAUUAGAGGCAGUAAGAAAUGUGACUGAUAUUCUUAGCAGGACGUUUAGCAGUCAGUUUGUAUUCCCAGCGCUGGGACACAAUGACCCGCCACCUUCUAGAAGAUUGGUUGAUAUGUGGAUGCAGUGGCUACCUACUGAGGCGUUACAGACUUUUGUUACUGGUGGAUAUUACACAAUCGAGCAGUCUCACAGCAGGUUGCGGAUAGUAGUUUUAAAUAGUGUGCUAUGGGCCGGCGGUGCGGCGAAAACAGAUGGCCCCCACAGAGGCAGAGCCCAGUGGGAGUGGUUAGAACACGUACUUAGCAAAGCUAGGAGGAAAAACGAGAUGGUAUACCUCGUAGCUCAUGCGGGUCCAGGAGUGGAAGAACGGCAUAAUGCUGGAAGCUCUUCAGCAUCAGGAGGAGGCGAGCUCACGCCCAAUGCAAAUGGAAGGCUACUACAUGUGAUCAGAGCCUUUAGUGACGUCAUAGCUGGUCAAUUUUAUGGACACCGGCAUGCAGACACCUUUAGACUUAUUUAUAGUGAAGGUCGACCAGUAUCUUGGGCUCUUCUCGCACCGUCUUUGACUCCACGCGGUGCCGGAAGUAUAUCCAAUCCAGGAUUAAGGCUUUAUAAAUUUGAAUCCCAUACCGGAAAGGUAUUAGACUACACACAGUAUUAUUUAGAUGUAACAAAUACUAGAGGGGAGGCGCAUUGGGCAGUGGAAUACAACGUUACUCAGUACUACGGCCUUAGAGAAGUGAAUGCGGCCUCGCUGGAUAACCUUGCCGAGAAGAUAAGGAAUUAUCAUGAUCGAGGUUUACUUACAAAGUAUCUCACAGCACUCCGAGUUCGUCACACACAAGACGUUUCAGACUGCGAUGCAGCGUGCGUCCAUGUUCAUUUCUGCGCAAUCACUCGCGCGGAUUUCCAUGAGUUUAGGUCUUGUGUUAGUAACCCAGCAUCAGCCCUCGCAUCUCGCGCACCGCACAACUCUGCGGCCAUUUUAUUAUAUGCUAUUUUAAUUUUGAUCUCGUCA